AUGUCAAUAAUACAAUAUGGAUUCAGCCUUGUAGUCUGGAGGCUACUCCCCUCCAUUACCACCUACACUCUCCGCACCAUCCACCUCACCUUCCCGACACUCCUCGGUCGCACAUCGCCUCCUGAGGGCUCACCAGAAUGGGAGCGGCACUACAGUUGGCUUUUCAACACUCUCGGUGGCGCGUACUUCCUCUUCACACUCAGCGACGCGCUGGAUGUCGGCACAAACUACUACCAAGUGCUGAAGAUCGCGCCCGACGCAGACGAGCAGGCUCUCAAGCUUGCCUUUCGCCAGUUUGCACGCCGGUUCCACCCCGACCGUGUUGGCCCGCAGGGCGAGUCAUUCUUUAUUGAGAUCCGGGAUGCGUACGAGGCAUUCAAGUCGCCCUUGAAGCGCUUCGCAUACGAUAGAUUCGGACCCGAUGCGUUGCACUGGUCGCACUGCACGACGCCGUCGCAGUUCAUCCACUAUGGAAUCAUGUCAAGCCUCGGUUUCUACGUCGUUUCCUCAAUCGUUCUUGUCGCCUGCACCUUCCUCGGCCAUACCCAUCCAGUGACCUACUGGCGAUACCUUCAUCUCGUCUUCACCGCCAUCUAUGAGCUCGUGCUCGUGCUCAGCCCCGUCUCCGCCCCCAUGGCUCCCGGAACGCGCCCACAACUGGCCGCCACGCUCUUCGCCGCCCCAGGCGCCCGAUCGCACACGUCCGCGCUCGCGCUCGCGUGGCCCCACCGCGCGGCGUUCCAGCACGUACGGCUGCUGCACAAACUCUUCAUAUCGGUCCAGCUCGCGCUCGGGUCUUUCGCGCACGCGGUUCUCCCCGCGGCGCCGCCACUCGACGGUGCGCAGUCCGCGAUGAUCGCACGGGCGAGGGAGCUCGGGGAGGCGGCCGAGGCCGUGAAGAGGGAAACGGACGCGCACGUCAACACGCUCCUGCACACGAUGCGCGGCGCGCGCUCGGACGCGACGUUCCCGUUCACCGGCGCCGCGCCGGACGCGCCGCCCGCGGACGACGCCGUCGCGGCGCUCGCGGCGGAGCUCGAGGACGUCGUGCUCGACGCGCGGCUCCGCGCGGAGAGCGUGCGGCUCGGGAGCGUCGUGGAGCAGAGCGUCGCGCGCGCGCGCCGGCGGCACGCGCGCCAGGCGAAGGAGCGCGCGCUCGCGGAGGAGGUGGCGCGCGUCGCCGCGGCGGAGCGCGAGCGGGCCGCGGCGGAGAGAGACUACUGGACCGCCGGCGGGGCGUAUCAGCACGGGAAUGGGAGCGCGAGGGGGAGCCCGGUGGGGAGCCCGCGCCGCGGCGUCGUUGGGUACAUUCGCGGGCGGUCGCGGUCGCUUGGGUGA